GGCGGCGCCUCUCAAUUUUUUGAAAAUCUGUCUGUGACCCGUCAUGAUUUUCGUCUAAACUAAAUUACAGUGAAAAGUAAAAAUAAUGCCGGAACUGGAUCAACUCGUUUAAUUAAUUAAAAGAAAGCUGUUUGAGUCAUUGUUAUUAUGCAGAUAAAUUUCCGGAUGAAAAGUCCCGAAAAUGACUCGGAAAAUUUAAAUAAACAUUGUCCGGCCGUAUAAAGCACAAAAAUGCCUUCGCUCCUCGAAGCCCUCGAACAGAAAUACGGCGAAAGUUCAACCGAGUCGGAAGGUUCAGAUGACGAAGGCAUUUCAGUGGCCAUUUUCGUGCCUUGUAAAUCCCCUCGAAGUAUCGUUCCUUCACUUCUUGUUUUAAACGACUGCGAUAUUGCAACAGCUGGUGAAAAAGAAGCUCUGGAAGCGAAAUGUGCAUGUGUUGAAGAAUUAGACCUUGCCAAAAACAAGCUCAAAGACUGGCCAGAGGUUUUUGGAAUUUUGCAACAAAUGCCACGUUUGAAAUUCGUAAAUUUGAGCUUCAAUGAGUUGAACACGCCCUUGAAGAACGUGGAAGUCGACAGGAAUUUGCGAUGGCAGCAGUUGAGGAAUUUAGUCCUGAAUUCGACUUACAUCGACUGGGAAAGUGUCGAUCAAAUCCUUGAUCAUUUGCCCCGUUUGGAAGAAUUGCACUUGAGUAUGAACGAUUAUAACGUUGUGAAUUUAUGCAAGAAAAAUUGUGAUUGUGGCCGAAUUGAUAAUAAAACGGACAAUGAAACUAAAUGUUUUUGUCCCACAAUUGAUUACCGAAAGAAACACAAACAUGGAGGUAUCCGAAAACUGCACUUUAACGGAAAUCCGAUUGAUAAAUGGAGAGAAGUGUGUAAAUUGGGUUACGCAUUUCCUAAUUUAGAAUCACUUGUACUUGCCGAUUGUCCGAUUGAGUCGCUUGAUGUUAAUGUAGAAAGCGAUGAUGAGAAAUGUAAUAGGAAUUAUGAGCGAUCGGAAAGUGAAUGUGAGUCGGGGAAUAACAAAGAAUCGCCACAUGAUAGUUUCAGAGUUUUGAAAUUUUUAAAUUUAAAUUCGACAAGACUUGCCACUUGGGAUGAUAUCGAACGAUUGUCCAAGUUUCCAGCUCUUCACUGCGUCAGAAUACAGGGUUGUCCGUUGUGGGAGAGCAACGAGUACACCGAACACGAACGCCGCCAACUCCUCAUUGCCCGCCUCCCAAAUGUGGAGAUUUUAAACGGGGGCGGCGUUAUCGGAAGUGACGAAAGGGAAGAUGCAGAAAGAGCUUUCAUUCGCUAUUACAUGGAAAAACCGGAAAGUGACCGACCGGAAAGAUAUUUCGAAUUAGUUUCGAUUCAUGGCAAAUUAGAUCCGUUAGUAAACGUUGAUUUAAGACCGGAAAAACGAGUCAAAGUCACAUUUACUUGUGGUUCAAAUAGCGAAGUUCGAUCGGUGGAUGUUUAUCGGUCAGUGAGCGAUUUGAAAACGAAAUUAGAGGCGUUUGCUGGGUUUUCAGCCGCCAAAAUGAGGUUGUUUUACGUCGAUCAAGACUUGAGGGAUAUUCAAGGCCCGGAGGAAAUGAAGUAUCCGCAUAAGCAGCUCUACAGUUACAACAUACAGUCAGGCGAUGAGAUUAUAAUUGAUUGCAAGAAGAAAAUUAACGAAAAGUAAAGUAGUGGCCAUAAGAUGGAUGCGUAUAUUGUUUUAGAAACUAAUUAAGUUUUCAAUUAAAUAUUUUUCUACGUAACAACGUCUUCAUUGUCUAGCAGCUGUAGUCUAGUUAAGAUUUGUGAUAUUUGCUGUUUGUUCAGCAAAACUAUUGUGAAAAUGAAACUGCCAUGUAGUUUUUAUUUUUCCCAUUAAUUCGUACUAAAACUGGUGUGUGGUAAAUAUUGUGAAUUAACAAAACUCGAGUAAAUAAAUUAAUAUAUUUGAA